UGAAAUAGUUGGGUGGAAUAAACGUGUAAAUUGCAGUUCCUCUCUGCACUGCUGAAUGGUGACCAGGGGACUGAGGCAGACAGGAGGGGGAGGACUGAAUUGACCAGCAUGGAGCUCCACUCACCCAAAAAGAGCUGAAUAAACAGGACAGCACAGCACUGCAGGAAAGACUAGACACACACUGAGAAAGAGGGACAAAAGGAGACAAGAAAGGAAAGCAAGGGACUCAGUAGUUAGGUCUGAGAUCAAUAGUUGGAGAUUAUAGGAUGUCCAGGAGCAGCUCUGUGCGGGAUCUGGUACCUAGAGACAUUACUGAGAUCCUGGCCCUGCAGGCCAGUAAGAAGAAACGGGGCUCAUCCCUGGGUCGGGCGUUCAGCUGGUUCAAGGGUAGCAAACGCAAAAAGAAAAUUAUCAAUGGACAAAGCAGUACAGGAGGCCCUUGUGGGCGAACAGAAGAAAGCUCUACAUCCAAACAGAUUCAUGCCAGUAACGAAACCUUUAAAGUAGGGCAAAAGCAGGAUGAGCAAAGAAAGCUGACUGUACACUACACACCCUCCCAGCAUUACCAGGAGAAUGUGUUCACAGAGGGCAGCAAGCCACAGUAUCUGGAGGACCUACAUACAGAGGCUCAGAAGGGACUAGAGAUAUUCCAACAGGAGGAGCACAAAAAUGGGGUGAAUUUCCAGGAUGAUCAGACUGUGUCAGAGGAAGAUUCCAGUUCAAGAGAAAGAGAUGACUCACUUGAGACUGAUAGCACUGCUGGACACUCCGUCAUCUCAGUGUCUACUGUAUCGGCAGUGUCCUCUCGUCCAAUGCUUACAAGCCAAGGUUCUACAUUUAAGCCAUUGAACCCAGUUAAAAGGCUGGACAAGACCAGGAGGAGGAAUAGAAGAACAACUAUCAUGGGCAUACCACAGCAAGUCCAGAGAGAACUGGACAUGGCAAGAGGAACUAUACUGCAGCAGCUUCAUAAUGGAAAGCAUGAUGAUGAUGAUUCAUCUGGCGCAGUUGUCAUCCCAAAAAUUGAUGGAGACCUCCAUUUGGCAAAUCAUGAAGGGGCCCAUGUACACCUGCAUAGUAUUAAAGACCUUCAGACAUCAAGAGAUGAGGAGCUCCUAAGACACCACAUUCAGUCUGUCUAUCAAGAUGACUUGUCCCUAAACCGAAAGCUUGAGCCAGGAACAUGCCCUAUGCAGAGGCCCAAGUCUCUUGCUGUGCCAGGGAUGACCACAUCCUGUUUUCUGCAGGAGCCUCAAGGUCCUGUUAUGUCCAUCUCACCACAAGCAACCUAUUUAUCCAAGAUCAUUCCAAACGCAAUUAUGCCCGCAGCAAUAGAUGUUAUUGAAAUCAAUCGCUGUCACAGCCGGCGUAAUGCAAGUACGGUUAGCAAGAGUAGCGUAACAACGGCUAGCCCAGCUCCUUCACGGUCCAGAUUAUGCACAAAUGAAGAUCCACCUACCACCAGCCCCAACAGGAAUCAUUCACAAUCAUCUGAGACUAUUGUCUCCAAUUCCUCCACAAUCUCUUCAAAAGAAAGAGGUCCACCAACAUAUGUUAUUGACAGCACCAAAGAAGUUUCAGAUUUAAACCCAAAGGACAUGAGCAUUGCAAGUUCAAAGAUUUGGAUAACUUCUGACCGCACAUGUACAAGAUUGCCGCACCAGGAGUUGAGUGAUGCAGGAGAAAAUGGAAGGAAUAGCAAUUCGUCUCGAAGUCUCUCUGUGAUGAAGACAAAACUACCACCAGCACCACCACAGAGGACCUAUUCUUUGCACCAUGAAAAACUUAAGCGGAGAUCAAGGGAAUUGGAAGACUUAAAAGAUUUCAAAGUUAUGGUAACAAAUGAUGGGCAAAUAGGUAAAGAUCUCAAUUAUCCAAAAAAGGUUAAUCAGUCCACAAAUAAAGAGAAGAGUUCAGUUAAUUCUUCAGUGCCUAGAUCAUCAAAAGACUUCCAGACAUCUGUGAAAUCCAGCCCACUUAGUCCAGAUCAGGCUUUAACUAGAAGUCAUGCUGAAUCAAAUAACUCAUCUCCACAGAAGAUAGCAACUGGUGAAAAUAAAUUUGAUAGGACUUUGUCCCCUUCGAGUGGAUACUCAAGCCAAAGUGGUACACCAACACAUUCUCCUAAAGAGGUCAGUCCCUCGUCACCUGACAAGAGGAGAUUCAAGCCUUCAAAACCAGAGAGAGCAAGUGUACGGACCUCCACAGUUCUCUCAGUCUCUUCAUCAAUGACAUCUCUGUCUUCAGUCACAUCGGACACGGCAGAGCAGGACAUUCAAACCAACACUACAUCAGAGGCACAAAAGCUCUCCCCUCCUGUUUCAAUAGUGCAAAGUAAGGUGACACCCACACCACCAAUAGUCACCCUUAGGAAGCUGUUCAACAUUCCCCCUCCACCUAAAGUAAAAGCCCCCUCUCCUCCACCCCCUGAGACCUGGAUUUACAAAAAACGCACAUUUGAACUAUUAUGUGGCCAAGGACCAAACCCCUAUAGGCUACAUCAACUUCAAAAACAGCAAAACAAGCCAUUAAUCUGUAAAAAUCUAAACACAAAUACAGCACCUAACACUGAGGAAAUAAUCCCAAAGAAACAGUCUUCAUACAUAGAAAGAAAGACUGGGUCUCAACUGGAGAACAAAACAAUUGUUUUAGAAGAACAAAACAAGUCUGUGCCACCACAAGAGCAGAAAAAUAUUCUGACAGAACUUCCAGCUUUGAGGCAUAAUGAAAGCUCAAAGUUGCAAAGAAAUGAACAAGUAAAUCUUCAAGUGAGGGAGACUGAUCAGAUCAUUCAUACAAAUGUUUCAAGAAAGGUAGAAGACCGAAGGGAAGAAGAAAGUCAAACAGUUCUUAAAAGUGAACUACCAACCAUUGAAGUUGCUCAAAGCAUGCUGUCAGAAAAAUACUGUGAUAUCAAUCGAGGUGAUGAAUUAGUGAACAAAACAUCCACCCCAAAGAGCAAUGAAACUAAUACAGAGAACCAAAAUAACAGCAUUGUUAAGGACAUUUUGAAUCAUAAACCAAUGCAAAAUCUUGAUUUAGAAGUACCUACGGUCAAUGGCAUUUCUCCAUCCCCUUCGACACCUCCAAAACACUAUCCUCCUCCACCACCUAGUAAAAUAACAUCAGCUUCCUCAGUGUUCACACCACCAGCUCAUGAGGAGGAACACAGGCAAGACAAAGAAGAGGCUGCUUCCCUAGAAUCUUCUUGGCCUCCUCCACCACCACCAAUGGAUUCAGCUGACAUGAUGUUUGAGGAACCAAAUGAACUUGACUUCCCCCCACCACCUCCCUCAUUCAUCCAUGAACCCCUCUCAGAGAUAUCCAAUAAUUUUCAAGAAGAAUCAUGUGAACAGCAUGCCAAUAUAGAAUUGGUGUCACCUACUGCCUCUGAUAUGACCAGUAGUCAAAAGCAAAGAUCAGAAAUAGAUAGUAUUAUCCCAACAAGAACUGAAAGAAAUUGUACUGUUAUGGAAGAUAGGCAACAUGACAACCCACAGUGUUGUAACAAUGUCUCCCACUUAUCUAUGGACCCUGUUCACAGGGAAAACACAACUGCAGCCCCUCCUAAAAUGUCCUUUCUUUCACUUGUUGAAAACACUUCCACUAAAUAUCUACAGGUUCCACCAAAACCACCACCUAUAUCAGCGCAAGAUUCACCAGUGCAAGCAUCAAUUGAUACCCAAGUAAACUGCACAAAUGUGCCUCUUGCACCUCCCCUGUCAGUGGAAGACCAAUCCACUGUUAUCUUUAAAAGGCACCUAAACUAUGUAAAUAAGGACAACAGGAGCAAAGAACCAAUUUGCCGAAAUAAGAGCACACCUAUUCCAAAGGAGGAUGCCAACAUUCCCCUUGUCACACCUUCCUUGCUUCAGAUGGUUCGACUACGAUCUGUAAAUGUUGGUGAAGAUCAAGUAAACAAUGAUAGCAAACCAAGUCUUGAGGCCACAGCAAAUGAUGAACAGAUUCAGAAUAUCUCCAGUCAAGCAACACCGCAAAAGCCCAUUCGCAGAUCCCUAACUUUAAAAUCUAACCCACCCAUUAAAUCAUCUUCUGCCACAGGCACAGUGCCAUCCAUGUGUCUACAAGAGGCCAUACGUAUGAAAACCGCUGCACUGUCCUCCAGUGGAGUACCAGCAAUGCUCAAUCUACGUUUAUCCUCAACUAAUAGCACUAGUUCACCUGUUCCAUCUCCUAAAACACCAGAAGACUGCAACUUGCAUAGGUCCCCUGCAUCUACAGCCAGUUUUAUCUUCUCCAAGAGCACAAAAAAACUUGUCAUUGAAACACCUACAUCUCCCGUGGCCCAGACAAGCCUCCAACAGAAUCUUACAGCUGAGGUAAUACAGGUUUCUGACCAAGCCAAGAUGAUAAUUACAAAUGGCACAAAAAAGCCAAUUAAGGUGCCACCACCUGUUGCUAAGAAACCAGCGCAUGGAACAAAUCCUUCCAAUACUGAGAACGCAACAAUUGAACAAAAAGUGAGUGUUGAAGUUAAUUGUCAAAGUGACACAGUGCAUCCUGCUGGCCAGCGAGCACAAGCAUCAGGGAGCCAGGAUCAUGCAAGAAGAACAGAGACUACAUGCUGAAGUGUCAUGAUGCUUGAGUUUUGACUGGGCUCUUCAGUCAGUCUGACAAAAACAGGAAGACAAAAAUGUGAUGGAAAACACAAGUGAGAUCUGGUCAAGAAUCCAUGGAUACCAUUGCUGUCUUAAAAGCCUUAGCCUGGAAAUGGCCUUCAAAUGUAUGCAAAAAGGUCCCCACACCCCCACCCCCCAAAAAAACAACUAUAUAUUAUAGCUUUAUUACAGCUUUCAAGUAUUUUUCUAAAUGAGUGAUUUACUCUGGUAAAGUCAAGAGUUUAUUGUGGCCGUAAAUGGAUGUAUCAAGACUAAAGACUGCAAGAUUGAACUGACAUCUAGUGGUCACUAGUGUUGGUAAUCUCUGGGUGCAAAAAAUUAUUGAACCCUUUGUCAUCAUUUUCUGACAUCUCCAGUUAUGCUUUUAUAUCCUGUCCUCAAGCACAGUGAUUGAUUAGCAUUUAUUGAAAGAAGCCUUUAUCUAGCAUUUAUUGAAAGAAGCCUUUAUCUAGCAUUUAUUGAAAGAAGUAGGUUAUACUAACAAUUUCAAACCUUUUAGUGCUACUGCAAUCAUCUUUCAGAGUUUGAUUUCAGCAAAUAUGUAAUUAUACUUGUACAGACCUGUGAUUUACUAAUAAGUUCUACAGCAUGCUGAAAAUGACUGACAUGAACAUUAUAUACACAAAACACAUUUACACACAGACUUCCUUAGAUUAAAGCACUUUGUAAGCUAAAAUGCUGCAUUACUUUCUGUUGGAACCAGCAAAGCAGUGAGAGUACUGAUGGUCCCUCUAAGACUGAUGUAAAUAUAUAGCCAUUUACUUUACUUCAAGGCAGGACUGAAGAAAAUGACUACACUAUUUUAAAAUAAAUAUGCAUUAAAUAUAUUUAUAGAUUUAUCCUGUUAUUACUGUUUUCAUGUUUUUAAUGUCAUCUUUUUUGGGGAGGUCACACAGACACUCCUUAUCAAUGAUUUGACCAUUCAAAUAUAUUGUAAUAUGGUUAACAGCUUACAAAACCACUAUUUAUUUUCAUUAAAUAUGCAUUGUAU